UCUUCCUCGUUAAAUACACGGCCACAUCGAGCCACGGCCACUGCUCCGAGGACGAAGAAGAGGAUGUUACACCCAGUCGUCCUGGCUACCUGGCCAAUCUCCCAUAGUGGCUCACGGCCAUCUUUUGAGAGGAGGAAGAAGAAGAAACACCACGCUGUCAGGGUCAUGCGCUUCAACGGGACUACAGAAUCGAAAGGACUGCUGUGCAACUCGUGAGUACUUUUGCACCGUGGAUUUCAAAACAUGGAAAGAGAGCAGGCGUUUCAGCGACACUCAAACAACAAGUCCCUUUCUUCAACCAUCAUCGUGGACGUGAACAAUUGGAUCCGUAUUCCUCUCAUCGUGAUCAACCUGUUAAUUGUUUUUUUCUCGAUGAUAUUCUUCUGGAGUUCCUUCUUCGUUACUUUCACCCAUGCAGACGGAACCAUCGCUGACCUUAUUCAACCUAAGCCGCAAAACCUCGUGGCCAGUCUCGUUCGUCGGCCGGAGCUUCCGAUUUUGAUCACUAGUGGCUUUUUCCUGCUAGCAAGUUUCCUGGGAGCACUCGGUGCGUUACGUGAAAAUAUUACCGUACUCAGAUGUCACAUCACGUUCAUCUACGCCCAAAUCGCGUUCGGAGUGCUGCUCACAGAACUGUCUAUACUUUUGCCGCCUGUUGCGCGCAACUACCUCAAGAACAGAGGUCCGUCAAAAUUCAUCAAGAGUUACAGGGACAAUGCCGACUUUCAGAAGAUAAUGGAUUCCAUGCAGGCUAAUUUCAAGUGCUGUGGGUUAUCUCAGGAUUCAUAUCAGGACUGGAACCACAACCCGUACUUCAAGUGCAACGAAGAGAACCCAAGUCGUGAGCGUUGCGGUGUUCCCUAUUCCUGUUGUCGGCAGAAUACGUCGAACGCCGUCCCGAACUUCCUGUGCGGUGCCAAAGUACUCGGGGUCCCUGAGCAGGAAGCCUGGAAGACUGUGUACACCCGCAAUUGUGCGGACGCCGUUUACACAUACAUCCGAGCACACGCCCCUAUCGUCAUCGGAACGUGCAUGUGCAUCACCCUCCUGUUCGUCCUCCAGAUGAUCCUGGCGAAGACCGUGACCAGUGACAUUGAAACGCUCUCUGACAUCUACCAAGUGUACUAUGACGCCCUUGAAGAGGGACAGAUGACAAUGAGCGGCGGUUACGCAGCCCCGGGGUGCGCUAAUGCUUUCGACCGGCUGCGCAGUUUCAUGUAGGGAUGUGCCUUAUGCGUAAACAUUAAUUGUAAGACACGGGAUACAUUGCACGUGUUUGCAGAUUUUAGCAAUGUUAUUAAUAUGUAGUUAUAGAUCUGCAAAAUGAAGAGGACGCAGAGCAUCAUUGUGCGGACACUCUUGAACUACAGAAUACAUUCAAUGUGAAUACAUGGGAACGGCGUUACAGUAAAAUUUCGGAAUCGA